AAAAACAAAAACAAUAAAAUAAACAACCGAAACAUUGUGAAUUAUAACACAGCAGAUUCGUGCGACGUUGUUGUUGAAAUUGUAGAGAAAGUGUAAGAGAGUUACAGAGUAAUAGUAGAAGUAAUAAUAAUAGUAAUAACUGUAAUCAUAAACACGUAUUUUACAAGGAAAAUUAGCAGGAUAUAAACCAAGAGGAUCGGAUUGGCAAGUAGCAAGUGUAACGAAGCGUAAGGAUUAUCGUCGUUGCAGUAUUAAAUCACACAAUUACGGUGCGUGAUAAGUGUCAUUAAUUGUCCGUUGUGUGACAGCAAAGAUAGUGCAGGAUAUAUUUACUGUAAACCGGAGUGUUCGUCAAGAAGGAUAUAUUAUCCAGCAGUCAUCGAACUUGCAGGAACGUAGGAAGGAAGAAGGGAAGGAGAGAAGAGAAGGCGAAGUCGCGGUGCAGGUCUAACCGUGAGAAAUCAAUACCCGAGCAAGUCGGGGGCGAGUGACAGUGAAGAGGCGAAGAGAGAGAGAGAGAGAGAGAGAAACAGACCGUGUUUGCGUGAGUGCGCGCGAUUGGUGACGCGGUGUAAAAAUAUAUAUCAGUUUGCACCUGUUCCUGCAUUUACGUAACGCGGAUAUAGCAUACAAGGAUAGACAAGUAAAUAUAAGCGAUCGCGGGUGUACAGAGGUGACUGAGAGUCUGGUGCCGGCGAAAAAACCGCGGCAAGGAGAAGAAGGAAAAAGAGGAACAAAACAGCAGUUGAUAGAACACAAUGAAGGCGAUGGUGGUGAGUCCGGUUGGAGGAAGAGUGCCGCCCAGCCGCGGGGUCCUGCACAAUGGUUUGGGCCUGAACGGUAGCCGAAGAGAUAUGGAAGCGGAGGAGGUCGCGGCUUAUCUAACAAAGCUGAGAUCGCUCGUGCCGGACAUGCCGAGGAAGAGGAAGCUCUCGAAACUGGAAGUCAUACAGAGGGUGAUCGAGUACAUAUGCGACCUGCAAACGACCCUCGAGGAGACGAACGCGCCUGAAAACCAGCAACAACAACAGCAGCACUCGCAACAGCAGCAACAGCAACAACAACAACAACAACAACGUCAGCCUUUACAGCCGCUUUCCAACUCGACGACGACGACGACGACGACGACGACGAUGAUGGUUCCCGCAUCGACCCAGAGUCUCAUCGUUACGACGACGGAAACAACGUCGUCCGAAAUUUCCGAACGGUGACGGACGCGAAAAGACAAUCCCUAAAGAUCUUGUCUCGUUCAAGCACGCACGCAAGCGUUACGGCGACACUGCGGUGCUCAGGGAGUGUAAAUACUGUACAUAAAUAUAUUAUAUGUAUAUAUACAUAUAUAUAUAUAUACGUAUAUAUACUCAUAUAUUACUCAUCGUCAUUCCUCAGUUGUAAGAAAAAGAGACACCCCCACCCCGCCCGACCCGAAACACACACAGACAUACACACACGUUCAGAGAAAUGGAAGAAGAACUAAACCGACGAACAUACCUGUUAUUGAUAUACACAGAGAUGUACUCGUAUAAUAGGUCAUUUUUAUUACCUCUGCCGUUGAAGAUAGUCCUGUACAUGGACUUGUACCUACAUACAUAUACCUGCUUACUCUAUACGCACGAAAGCAUGAUAGUAACGGAAUUUUGUUUUAUUCCAUUUUUCGUGAAUACUAUGAUUAUUAUUACUAUUAGACACUGGCCAAUUUA